AUGGUCAAAAUUGUGCUGUGUGCUGUGCUGUGGCUCGUUGCGUCGACGACCACCGGUGCCACGGAGGGCGAAGCGAAAGGUGCCAAGGAUUCGUAUCUUGCGGCGUUGAAGAACUCGCACGCCAUUAACGUCGUGACGUAUAAAGGUAAUCCAGUGCGGAUAUCCCGUGGGGACUACAAUGUGCAACCUUCCCAUUCCUACGACUACAGUCUCACCUCGGGCGGAUAUGGUCCACCGCCCUCCACCGGCAACGAGCUGUACCUGCCGGCCCAUAAAGAGUACGGGCCACCGCCGAAGCCCGUCUAUGGGCCACCGAAACCAAUUUAUGGACCACCACCGCCACCGGCGGGUCCCGUUAACCACGGGAUGCCGUACUUUAGCCCGGAGACCUGGCUGCUUAGCAAGCUGAAGUUUAAGUUUAAUCUGUUCACCUUCGCCAAGAUCCUGCUGAAGCUGGUGAUCUUCAAGAAGAUCAUCAAGUUUAUUGCGCUCCUGUGUCUGCUGUUCUUCAUUCCCACACUGAAACCAUCCAGCAGUCACGGUGAUGACAGCAGCGAAGAGGAACGUCGUCGAUCGUACGACGCGAAAUUUGAUUACGAACGACGGCUUGACGAUAUGACGCAGUUCGCUCGGACCGCUUUGGACGCGUUCUCUGUCGACGGUGGCCUGGAGGGGUGCGUGGACGACAAUUUUCUGAUGUGUCGCCUGAAGCGAAUGUUCAACGUGAUCGAUGAGGCUUAUCCGGUGUCCAGAAUGUACAGCAUUUAUGGUGCUGAUGAAGAUCGAUCCGAGGAGCCGAAGAACGGCGAGCAUGAUCCGAACGUUGGGCAAGAAGAGCAAAAUUGA